GCCGACAACCUUCUAGUUUGCUGGAACAUAUCGGAGACAUCGACGUGCGUUCAACCGACGAACCCGAACCCUGUUAUGUUUUGAGUGACAGUGACGAGUGUUGUGACUUGAAAAUGGACUCUCUCCUGCAAUACAGCGAGUUGUCGGAGAGGCUAUCCUCCCAACUUUCCGAUCUUAACAAUAACAAUGACGAUUUCGAAAACACGACGUCUCCCGCGAAGGAAGACAAGUAUUCGCUACGACCCAGGUCCUUACGGAGGGUUACGGAGACCGCGAAGCAGGCUCUUUCGGAGUCGGGGUCGCGGCAAAACAAACCGCACAAGCAGAAGCAGAAAGCAGCCCCUCUGAGUAAGUACCGACGUAAAACUGCCAACGCCAGGGAGAGGAACAGGAUGAGGGAGAUAAAUCAGGCAUUCGAGACUCUGAGGCGGGUGGUUCCUCACAUGCAAGCCGCUCAAGUACCUGGGGCUAAUGAGAAACUGACCAAAAUCACGACAUUGCGUCUGGCGAUGAAGUAUAUAUCCACUUUGAGUGCGGCUUUGAACGGGCCCUGCGACCCUGAUCCUAUUUCGGAGUACAACGACUUGGAUUGUUUGUUUUUGGAGUCCGACGGGGAAUCGCUACCCCUUUCGGACCAUUCUGGGUCACUUCUCGCUUCACCCGAUUUCCCAGAACCGUCGUUGUCGCCCGUGGACUUUGGAGAUCCUUCCUUGCCAGCUCUUCUACACACUGACUUCACGGAACACGCUUUGGAGCCUGCAGAUUUUAGUGAUUUCCUGUUGACGUAACCCCGGAGAAACAGACUGAUUUUCAAGCGAUUGUAUAUAGCGAGUUUCAGGAGCACAUUUACAGCGAACUGUCCGACAUUUUUACGCCACUUUUGAAUCGACAAGGAAGUGUUGUUACCUAAAAAAAAUCGGCACGAAUUACAUUUUAGAAUAAAUUACUUAUUAAUAGAAACACGGAAAAAACAAACCAUUAAUUGUCUUUGACAAGCGUGCCUGAAGCAACCUUAAAAAAAAACUGUUUCAAUUAUUCCACCCCGAGCAGCAUAAAUUUGAAUAAUGUAUUCCGUCACAAAUAUCAAAAUUCUCAUUAAAAUCGAGUCGCUCGACUAUAAGGUUCAAAAGUGCUAUAAAAUAUGCCUGGCAGUUUAAAAUUUAGAUUUAUCGAAUGACAAAUGCGCGUAGUUGGGUAAGUUUACGAGAAUUGCUAACUUUCCUUUUUAUGCAAAUUCGGUAAACUGUAAAUCGGGCUGUUUUGAAAUGGAAAAUAAUGUUUAAAAAUUAUGGCACUUGCAUUUAUGAAAUUCGAAUGUCCUUCGAUUAAAUCGCACACAUAAAAUGUAUAUGCCGAGCUGCUUUUAUUGCGGCGAGACAUUUUGCGGGUAAUGCUGAAUUUGGUAACCGUUAAGCCCGAAAUUUAUCAGAUUGUAAAAUUGGCAUCGAAAUUCUACAAAUUUUUGAUACGCAAACAAAAACCCCUUUUUCAAAUUUAUAAAACUAUAAAACAAGAUGCUAAUUUACUGAAAUAUUUUCAUACUUUGAAAAAAAUUGUAAAGAGACUAUGUAUAUCAUUGAGUAUUUCAUACUUCUGAGGUUCAAUUUAUUGUUAAAAAGAUGUACAAUCAAUUUCAACAUGCAUGUGCUUGAAGACUACUGCAAGAAAUUGUUCUUCCUAGUCUUAGUAUUUUAGAAAAUUUGUAAUCAGUGCAAUUGAAAGUGAAGUGAAAAAAUGUGCAAUACCAAGCUUUACAUAUUAUUAUGUGUUAUAAAUUAUUUUUACAGUUUUAUGUUAGCUGCCCCUUUAUCGUAGCUAUUGAGAAUAUUAUAAAUGUUGUUUCUAUGUUCGAAAACAUAACAAUGUCGUCCAAUGUGCUCUGCAAACGAAUCCCACUGAUCGAAACUCGAUCGCUUCAUAUAUUUAUAUAUCAUUUUGUACAUAAUCGAACUGAAACGUGAUCAUCUUGCCUCAUAGAGAUAAGUCCUUUUGUAAAAUAUAUCCCUGGAGUGUAUAAUUGUUACCUAUAUAUAGAUGUUAUUAUAAAUCAUAUUAUAU